CAAGAUCUCCCUAAGAGAGCGGAGCGUUUGGGCCGCGGAUCGCCUUGUUUGCUCGCAUUUACUUUCAUUUUUGGACGGGGCUAUAAAAAGCGAAAGCAGAGCGCUGGAUUUGCUCAUAAAGACCGCAAAACUGCAAAAGUCCACUACGGAAACAGUUGGAAAGCAAGGAUUAGCACAAUGGUUAGACCCAUCUACCUGGCCCUCGCCACUUUGCUCGUCUUGGCCUGCUCUGUAAGAGCAGCUCCUUUGGCGGAAUCGGAAAUCGACACCAGUCCCGAGCUUUCGGUUUCCAAACAGACAGAGGAGCAACUGGAGGUUCACAACUCGAGUAGUGACAGCAGUGAGGAGGCGGAUGAAGAUGAGGAGAAGGAUGACGAUGACGAUGAGGAUGAGGAGGAGAAUGUCCGCAGGCGUCGUGAGGCGGAAACCACAGAGGAACCUGCGGAGGAGACAGCCACUGAAGCGCCAACCGAGGAGCAGAAGGUGGAUGCCACCACUGGGGCAGCUCCGACGAGAAAACCCGUGCUCGUGCUGAUCCGAGAUGCCCUCAAGAAGGUCACCACGGAUCUGCCCACCGCCCAGGUGGCCAACAAUGCCCUGCAGUACUUCCAGCAGUUCGAGCACUUCAUCCAGCAGGCCAUUGAGGAGGUGAUUGGCGACGAUGACGAUGAGGAGGAGACCCCGGCCACUGUCCUCCCGGAAGUGGAAUCCGCCAGCGAGGAUAACAAGAAGCCCGAGGUGGAGAGCCCGGAAAAGGUGCCUGAAGUGGAGGUCCCGGCUGAAGUCCCUGAAAAGGAAACCCAGGCCAUGGAACCCGGCAAGAUGGAGGAAUCCACCACUAGCAAUUCUGUCUAGUCCAGAUAAACAGAUCCACAGAUCCACACAUCAUUUCUCAGUUAUUUAUUGUCAUCUAUUUAUUGUUAGAUAUAAACUUUAUGCCAUUUUCUGUAA